AUGGCCUUCCAGAAAGAGAUCAAGAGCUCUGCGUACCACUCGCGUUUCCAGACCCCCUUCAGAAGAAGAAGAGAGGGUAAGACCGACUACUACCAGAGAAAGAGACUGGUCGCCCAGCACAAGGCCAAGUACUCUUCUCCUAAGUACAGACUGGUCGUGAGAUUCACCAACAAGGACAUCAUCUGUCAGAUCGUCUCUUCCACCAUCACCGGCGAUGUUGUCUUGGUCGCUGCCUACUCCCACGAGCUGCCAAGAUACGGUAUCACCCACGGUUUGACCAACUGGGCUGCCGCCUACGCCACCGGUCUGUUGGUUGCCAGAAGAGCCUUGCAGAAGUUGGGCCUCGACGAGACCUACCCAGGUGUCGAGGAGGUCGAGGGUGAGUACCAGCUCACCGAGGCCGUCGAGGACGGUCCUCGUCCAUUCAAGGUCUUCUUGGACAUUGGUUUGCAGAGAACCACCACCGGUGCCCGUGUCUUCGGUGCCCUAAAGGGUGCUUCCGACGGUGGCUUGUACGUCCCUCACUCCGAGAGCAGAUUCCCAGGUUGGGACUUCGAGGCCGAGGAGCUCGACGCCGACAUGCUAAGAACCUACAUCUUCGGUGGCCACGUCUCCCAGUACAUGGAGGAGUUGGCUGACGACGAUGAGGAGAGAUUCAAGGAGUUGUUCAAGGGCUACUUGGCCGACGACAUCGACGCCGACGCCGUCGAGGACAUCUACUUGGAGGCUCACGAGAAAAUCAGAGAGGACCCAUCUUUCAAGCCAACCGAGAAGAAGUUCACCAAGGAGCAAUACGCUGCUGAGUCCAAGAAGUACAGACAAACCAAGCUGUCCAAGGAGGAGAGAAGAGCCCGUGUUGCCGCCAAGAUUGCCGCUUUGGCCCAGUAA